UGGGAAAUGUAUUUCUCAUGGGGUACUGUUGCUGCAAACGCCCGCCCGCCCAAACGCCUAUCCCACAAUUCCCCGCGUUGUUGUUAAUUCCCUAUCUUCGCUCCUCCUCAUGAAUAUAUAUCAGGCAGCAUUUGCGUAGGAGGUCGGGCGACGUUCAUUUAAUAUUCUAGCGCUGUAUUUUGGUCCAAAUGGGACGCGCAGCGCAGUCACGUCUCCGCCCUGAUCCGUACUUUAGUGCCCAGCCUCUUCACAACGAAUUUAAUCAGCAAAAUGUUUUUUUUUUCUUCCUUCGGGAGCAGCGGAGGGGACUUCGACAAGGGAAAGAAGGCACGAAGUGAAUGACUACUAGUGAAAUAAGUCGGAAACACCGCCCAGUUGGCGGACAUUUGUCGCGUCGGGAACGUUUUAAGGUUUCUAAAUGUAGUUCUAACCCACUGUACGCAGUUAUUUAUUUGGAGCGGAGGACUUUUCAUUGGCGGAGAUGGAAAGUGUGCAGGCUGUCGCCGAGGAUGGAGGCGCGACUAAGUUAAUAAAGAAGCCCGGCGGACUCUCUGUCGCCCGGGGGACUCCGGCGGAUGAUGGCGGUGGUCGGUCCUCCCGCGUAGACGCAAAGAACGGGAGAAACCUUUCCCACUCCGCCUCAACACCUAGUGCGUCAAACCGAGCCGCUGCGGCGUCUAAUGGCCGAAGCAACUCCAGCUCUCUCCUGUUGCGACGGCGGCGCUUGAAGAGGAACCUCUCCGCCACAGCAGCAGCAUCCUCAGCUGUCACCGCCAAGAUGAGUUCGGCCCUGUCCUCUGCGUCUCUGCACACACGCAGUCUGGACAGGAAGACGCUGCUGAAGCACCGGCAGAGCCUGCAGCUGCAGCCCGCAGACCGCGACUGGGUGAGAGCGGACCUCCACCGCGGCUGCAUCCACGUCCACCACAGACUGACAGCCUCGUACCCCAGGCCGGUUCUUUGCACUAUGGACACCACCGCCGGCGAGGUGGCGCUCCGGCUGUGCGUCAAAUCCCACAGCAAGUCGAGCUCCGUGCUGCGCAUUUUUGCAAGAGAUACCUCCAAGACUGACCAAAAUGGCAACUGCAAGGUGAAGUAUGGAUAUGAUGAGAGCAAAGCGGAGGGCUUCAAACACCUGGAUUCCGCUGAAGUCAGGGGCCGUCCGAGUGACAGGUUGAGACUGCUGCUUAUGGAAAACACCGGCGACGGGCAAAAGCAACAGGAUGAAAAACUUUUCAGCCCGCAGUCAGAGUCACAAGACAAUAUAACCUGUUCGUUAUCUGAUUUAACCUCCAACAUCGAUACACCCAACGACGAGGACUCGGAGCACAAAAAUGGCACGGAUAGCUUUGGAUUAAACUCCGGCUCGGAUGUGGAGAGCAGUGCAUUUGACGACCUCAGCUCUGGGGCCCAGCUCAGUGAGCACAGAGACUCCCUCAGUGAUGAUAUGAUUCUGGGCACUGAGGCAUCCAUCCUCAGCCCAUCUUUUGAUAGUGCCACAGAAGGCCACGACAUGUAUGGGAGCUCCUCAGAUGAACUGGAGCUGGACUGUCCUGUGUCCACUACAGGCUUAGGCUCUGUCUCCCACACUAAUGGCAUCCCUUCUGCCAACUACAAGCACUGCAGCGGGGGGCUUUUAACCGACCCCCCAAACAAUUUUGGCCAAGAUAUCAGCCGGAACACACAGGGUCACCUGCACCCUAGCGACAGCGCUGGCUCUUUGUCAAGAGACUGUUCUACAGGUGUUGCACCUGAUAGCCAAGAUCCAGACAGAAAGCAAGAUGUUGUGAAACUGGGGCCGACUGAACACCAAACUGAAGAUUCCGGCCCUGCACUGUAUGUUCAGCUGCAUGGUGAAACUGUGAGGAGACUGAGCCCAGAUGAGAGGCCCUUGCAGAUCCAGAAUGACUUUCUCUUUAAGCUUGGAUUUAAGGAUCCGUGGAGAGUUCAAGAGGAAGGCCUUGACACAGAAAUUGGCUCCUUGUUGCGCUUUUAUGCAGGUAAACCCCAAACCAUUGAGAGCUCUGAGCGGGUGCAGCUGUCCGGAACCUACAACGUCCGGAAAGGGAAGCUCCAGCUCCCGGUCAACCGCUGGACCAGACGCCAGGUCAUCCUGUGUGGCACCUGCCUCAUCGUCUCCUCCAUCAAAGAGAGCCAAUCGGGGAAGAUGCACAUCCUGCCGCUCAUCGGAGGAAAAGUAGAAGAGGUGAAGAAGCACAAUCAUUGUUUGGCUUUCAGCUCGGCGGGCCCUCAGAGUCAAACCUACUACGUCAGCUUUGACAGUUUCACCGAGCACCUGCGCUGGCACAGACACGCUGCCAAGAUGGUGUCACAGAGGAUCAACUCCGUGGACCUGUCCUGCUGCAGCCUGGAGCAUCUUCCUUCCAACCUCUUCUACAGCCACGAUCUCACUCAUCUCAACCUCAAACACAACUUCCUGCCAGCAGACCAGCGCCUGCAGCAGCUACAAAGGUUUUCUUGCCUGCGGAGCCUCAACUUGUCCAACAAUCACUUGGGUCAGUUCCCGCUGGCCAUCUGCGACAUCCCCACCCUGACAGAGGUCAACCUCAGCUGCAACUACCUGCUCUCUGUCCCCAGUUCUGUGGGCGCCAUGACCAAUUUGCAGACGUUCCUGUUAGACGGAAACUGCUUGAGCGACCUGCCCUCCGAGCUGGGCUCUCUGCAGAGACUCGGUUAUGUGGGCCUUUCCUUCAACCAGUUCAACCACGUGCCCCAGGUGCUGGAGCGGUUGUCCUCCAUGGAGAAGCUGUGCAUGGCCGGGAACUACCUGGAAACGCUCACCCUGCAGAACUUCCGGCUGCUUCACGUCAAACACAUCGAUCUGAGGCUGAAUAAAAUCUCCGUCGUGGUGCCGGAUGAGCCGGACCUGCUGAGACACGUGACCCAGCUGGAUGUGAGGGAUAACCGGCUCACGGACCUUGAUGCCUCUGUCUUCCCAAGGCUGGAGAUGCUUCACUGCGAGAGGAACCGCAUCAUUAGCCUCAAAGUCAAGGGAUGCUCGCUCAAAGGCCUUUAUGCGUCCAACAACGAGCUGCAACGGCUGGAUGUCAGUCCCGUACCCUCCAAUCUGAGCUACAUGGACAUCUCAAGGAAUAAUUUGGAGUCUUUGCCAGACUGGCUGGUUGAAGCGAAGAGGCUGGAAGUUCUGGACGUCAGCCACAACCUGGUCACCGAGCUCCCGGCGAGGUUGUUUUGCAGCAGCAGUCUGAGGAAGCUGAGCGCCGGACACAACCGCCUGCAGAAGCUGCCUGAAAGAGUGGAGCGCCCUCUACUGGAGGUUCUCGACGUCCAACACAAUCAACUAGUGGAGCUUCCCUGCAACCUGUUCCUUAAAUCUGACAGCUUACGGUGUGUAAACGCGUCGGCCAAUAAGCUGGAGCAUCUGCCGCCCUCCAGCCUGUCAGAGGAAAGCCACAGCAUCCUGCAGGAGCUGUACCUGACCAACAACUGGCUGACGGACAAGUGUGUGCCCAUGCUCACCGGCCACACUCACCUUAGGGUUUUGCACAUGGCCUACAACCAUCUCCAGACCUUUCCAGCGAGUAAAAUGGCCAAACUGGAGGAGCUGGAGGAGGUGGAUCUGAGCGGAAACAUGCUGAAGACCGUGCCCACCACCAUCAUGAACUGCAGGCGGAUGCACACGCUGAUCGCCCACUCCAACACCAUCGAGGUCUUUCCUGAGGUCAUGCAGCUGAUGGAGAUGAAAUGUGUGGAUCUGAGCUGUAAUGAGCUGAGCGAGAUCACCCUCCCAGAAAACCUGCCCCCGAAGCUUCAGGAGCUGGACCUGACCGGAAACCCUCGUCUCAACUUGGACCACAAGACUCUGGAGCAGCUCAAUAACAUUCGCUGCUUUCGUAUUGAUCCGCCUCCAACCUUCUCAUCGAACGAGGCAUCUGGUGGGCCUGCUGUGUGGAGCCAUGGUUACACGGAGGCCUCAGGCGUCAAGAACAAACUGUGUGUGGCCGCUCUCUCGGUCAACAGUUUCUGCGGCACUCGAGAGGCUCUGUACGGCGUCUUCGAUGGAGACAGAAACGUGGAAGUGCCGUACCUCCUGCAGUGCACCAUGAACGACGUGUUAGCUGAAGAACUGCACAAGACCAAAAGCGAGGAGGACUACAUGACCAACACCUUCCUCGUCAUGCAAAGGAAACUGGGAACUGCAGGGCAGAAACUUGGUGGCUCCGCCGCCUUGUGUCACAUCCGCCACGACCCCACCGACCUGGGGGGCUGCUUCACCCUCACCGCUGCCAACGUGGGGAAGUGCCAGGCCAUCCUGUGCCGCGAUGGAAAGCCGCUGUCGCUGUCUCUGCUGCACAACGUCGGGCUGGAGGACGAAUAUCGGAGAGUCCGGCAGCACCGAGCCAUCAUCACUGAGGACAAUAAAGUGAACGGGGUGACCGACUGCACUCGAAUCAUGGGCUACUCCUUCCUCUACCCUUCAGUCGUCCCCUGUCCGUACGUGAAGACGGUCACUCUCACCCCCCAGGAUGAGUUCUUCAUCCUGGGCAGCCGUGGCCUGUGGGACGCCGUGUCCCCCACCGAAGCCGUGGAGGCCGUCCGAAACGUCCCCGACGGGCUGGCCGCCGCCAAGAAGCUGUGCACGCUGGCGCAGGGCUACGGCUGCACCGACAGCAUCAGCGCGGUCGUGGUCCAGCUCAGCGUGAGCGAAGACUGCUGCUCCUGCUGCUGCUCCGAGCCCCAGCAGCCCCCUCCCAGCCCCGGCCUGGGGGCCUACCCGCCGUCGGCCUCCUCCAUCAAGGAGAGGCCGUCGGACGGCUCGCUCCCCGUCCCGCCCUCCUCCUGCAGUGAAAUCAGCAGCGAGAUCAGCACCAGCGAGAUGAGCAGCGAGGUCGGGUCCACGGCCUCCUCGGACGAGCCCCCGCAGAGCUCCCUGGUGGUGCUGCAGGAGCAGCCUCACCACCCCCACCUGCACCACCAGCCUCACCUGCUGUCCCUGCAGCAGCAGCAGCCCCACGCCACAACCCCGCCCUGCCAGUAUCUGCUGCCGGGGGCGGAGCUGCCGUCUGCUCGCAGCUGCUGCGCCCUCCACCCCGCCUGCCUGGCCGGAUCCUUCCAGAGGCAGCUGUCCAGCGCCACCUUCUCCAGCGCCUUGUCUGACAACGGCCUGGACAGCGAGGACGAGGAGCCCAUCGCCGGCGUUUUCUCCAACGGGAGCCGAGUAGAGGUGGAGGCGGACGUCCACUGCCUCACCGCAUCGCCUCAAACGUCAGGACCCCCCUCCAUCCACAACCUGCUUCCUCUUCCCCCGCCGCCUCCUCCACCGCCAAGCACCCCAGAGCCCCUGGAGGACGGGGUCGAAGCGGACCCCGAGAGCGGGCUCGAGAGGGACGAGUCCUGGCAAGGGGUCGGGGCAGGAAAACGGAGACCCAACGGGUCGGUGGCACGCCAGGAGAAAAGCCACAACCUCAUCGAGGUGGCGGCCGACGCCCCGUCGAAGAAACCCGGAGGGUACUUCACAGCCCCCGCCCAGCCGGAUCCGGACGACCAGUUCAUCAUCCCGCCGGAGCUGGAGGAGGAGGUGAAGGAAAUCAUGAAGCAGCAUCAGCAGAAACAGCAGAAGCCCCCCAGGACGGAUCAACCCUCAGACUAUUAUGACACGCCUCUCUGAAGAGCUCCGCUCCCAGAUGAAGAGAAUCUUUGCACACAUCCCCAUGUUGAAAACGAGAAACGUGCACUGAAGCCUGCUCCGCUCUAUGGAGAGAAUAAGCAUCACCCCGAUUUAUACGUGUGUUUUCUUGAUUUGUGUGUAACUUUGGAUUUGUGUGUGUGUGUAGUGUUGAUUUGUAACUCGUUUAAUACAUUUUGUGCAUAAGUGCAAAAUGACAAAAAUAAAAAAAAACAAUUUAAAC